AUGUCCUCAUCUGGUCAUCAAUCAAAUUCUAAUCGUGAUACAGCACAACAUUUAGGUUUCUCAUCAAUGGGAAGUUCAGAAGGUGCUGGUACUACUAAUCAAUCAAGUAGUAUGGAUGGAUCAAAUGGUCUUGGAUAUGAAGGAUUGUAUGAUACUAGCAUGUCAAACAAUAUUGGUCAAAGUGGAAUGAACACUAAUAAUGGUAUAGGUACAGACAUUAGAGAAUCAUCUGGUGAAGAUAGUAGUUCAAGUUGUCGUGAGAAGCAUCAACGUCACUGA